CUGAGUCCUCCAAGCAGUGGUCCGUCCCUUGUGUUAUCACCUGGAAUCUGUGGUGAAGCAGACAAAUCACUUUAAAAAUGGCACCUAAGAAGGACGCCAAGGCCGCACCAGCCAAGAAGGCAGAGCCCGCAAAGAAGGCCGAGCCAGCAAAGAAAGAGGAGCCCCUGCCAGAGCCCCCUCCCAAACCUCCAGUCGCUGCCGUUGACCUGUCUGCUGUCAAGGUGGAAUUCACCCCAGACCAGAUUGAGGACUACAGGGAGGCUUUCGGACUCUUUGACAGACUGGGUGAUAACAAGGUCGCUUACAACCAGAUCGCCGACAUCAUGCGUGCUCUGGGACAGAACCCCACCAACAAAGAGGUCAAGCACAUCCUGGGCAACCCCUCCACAGAAGACAUGACUGGCAAGAGAAUUGAGUUCGAGCAGUUCCUGCCCAUGCUGCAGACUGUGGUCAACAACCCCAACAAGGCGCAGUUUGAGGACUACGUUGAGGGUCUCCGCGUCUUUGACAAGGAGGGUAACGGCACAGUGAUGGGCGCUGAGCUGCGUAUCGUCCUGUCAACGCUGGGUGAGAAGAUGAAUGAGACUGAGAUUGAUGCUCUCAUGACAGGACAGGAGGAUGAGAACGGCUGUGUCAACUAUGAGGCUUUCGUCAAGCACAUCAUGUCUGUGUAAGAUCCCUCAAAUUCACAUGGUGAGGAAGCUGAAGAGUUUCUGCAGACCCCAUGGUGUCAGGACAUCCGCCCACUGUUUCCAACUCCACCUGAGAAAUGGAUAAUGAAAAGGACUAUGGGAUGUCAUUCCUAAACCCUGUUCGUGUUGUCACAUUGUUUUAUUUUUCCAUAUCGUUUUUUCCCUCCAACUAUUUUUUUUCUUUAUUUUAUCCGUUCUUGGACGCCACACUCUCUCUUUCAGCCGACGUUUUAUGUUGUGAAAGCUCCUCCCUCUCGGUCAGGGCAUGUCUCUUGGCAUUGGGCCAUUUGUGAGGGGUGUGAGAGGGCAACGGAUGCCCUGAAGACGAGCUCCGACACUCCCCCCUACCCCCACGGUCUGGAUUGGUGCUACAGAACGGAGGUGCUAUUGAUGACCCCCACUGUCCCGCAACUGUGGAUGACUCAUUGGAACAUGUCUCCCUUUCCCCCAAAGUCUUAAUUUAUUUUUCACCUCUGUCAUUUCACAUAAUAAACUUUUCACAAAGUA